AUGAGCGCUACAGCGAGGACGGACCCAUCGACCCAUGACGAAAUCAGCGGAGACAUCGCGGUAUACAAGGGUAUCCCUGUCCAGUUGAAGCAUCUACACUUCAAGGAUGCCCUGCAGAUGAACAAGGAAUUCCUCCACGAGUUCAAAAUGAUACGGGAUGUCAAUCACGCCAACUUGGCCCGACUGUAUGGGGCGUGUUUGGACGCCCCCCGCAAGGUUUUGGUUGCAGAGUUCUGUCCCAAGGGAACACUACAGGAUCUGCUAGGCAACCCCCAGAUUAAGCUGGACGCUCAGUUUAAAUUCUCUCUGACAAUUGACAUCGUACAGGGGAUGUGCUUCCUGCACGACAGUCAACUACGUAAUCACGGCCGUCUGAAGAGCAGCUGCUGUCAGAUAGACAAUCGCUUCACUGUCAAACUGGCUGACUUUGGCCUGCCGACGUUGUACAACAACAUCGCCGUUGAUAGAACAUCCCAGGAAUACAUUAACGAGUGCUUGUGGACAGCGCCGGAAUUGCUACGGAGUGACGUUGCUAUGGCAACCAAAGAGGCGGAUAUGUACAGCUUCGGCAUUGUACUGCAGGAGAUAAUCACGCGAGAAUCACCUUUCUUUAACGAGACUUUGGAUGUGACUGUGUCAGAAAUACUUGUGAAGGUCAUCAAGGGAAGUAACCCUCCUAUGCGGCCGUGCUGUGAAGUUCCUCACCGCCUAUCGGAGCUGCAUGAGCUGAUGAAGAGUUGCUGGUCAGAGGAGCCAGCGCACAGACCGAGUUUCAUCACCAUCCGGAAAGACCUCAAGAAAAUCCUCGCGCGUUUCGGCGAGUCCGGGAACCUGCUGGACACGCUACUGAGACGCAUGGAGCUGUACGCCAACAACCUGGAGAAGCUGGUGGAGGAUAAGACGCUGGAGUUGCGGGAGGAGAAGAAGAAGUCGGAGGAGUUGCUGUAUCAGAUCCUGCCCAGGUCUGUAGCUGAGAGGUUAAAGCGAGGCCUCAGAGUGGAGCCUGAGGAGUUCGAGUGUGUAACCAUCUACUUCAGUGACAUCUGCGGCUUCACCACCAUCUCCGCCAGGUCAACCCCCAUGCAGGUGGUGGAUCUCCUCAACGACCUCUACUUAUGCUUUGACGCCGUCAUCGACGCCUACGACGUUUACAAGGUGGAGACUAUCGGAGACGCGUACAUGGUUGUUUCUGGCUUACCACAGAGGAACGGAAACAAACACGCCCAGCAGAUCGCCCUGAUGUCGCUGGCUUUACUCCAGGCUAUAGACACGUUCAGGAUGCGCCACCUACCGGGGGAGAAACUCAGGCUGAGGAUAGGCUUGCAUUCAGGGUCUGUGUGUGCGGGGGUGGUGGGGCAGAAGAUGCCGAGGUACUGUCUGUUUGGGGACACCGUCAACACAGCGUCCAGGAUGGAGUCUCACGGGGAGGCUCUGCAGAUCCACAUGAGUGACCCAACAAAACAACUAUUGGACGACUUCCCCACCUUUAAUAUUCAGAAGAGGGGCGUUAUAGAGGUGAAGGGUAAAGGUCCGAUGUCCACGUUUUGGCUGCUCUCAUCUUCUUCCUAGUCACAUGACACUGACGGGAGGUGAGGUGCCCUUGGUUACGAGGACACAUGUUCAU